GAACCCCUGAGUCGAGCAUGUGGGCGGAUCAUUGGCGGUGGUGGCCAUGAUCACCAGUCCAGAAGGCAUGAUCCCAGAUGUUGGACCAUACUGGACGUGAGGUGAUCGACAACGGCACAUACUGUAGAGUCUUAGCUUCAUGGGGAAUAGGCCAGUGUGAUUCAACAAGUUGUCAGUAAAAUGAAUGGCAUGUGCGCCAUCUUGGCUUGUGACUGGAGAAUGAUGAACUCUCGCGAGAACUGCUUCCCAUAUGCAGAUCCGAGGAUGGCACAUCUAGCCCAGGGAACGAUGUCGCGAGCAGUACUCCGUGCUGACAUUGUCUAUGCUUGCCCGGUUGUUUCAUUCUCUUGUUUGUGGUUUCGGUGGUUUUGUUUCUUUUUUUAUUUUUUAUUUUUUUUUUGUUUGCCAACAAGCAAAGGGGACAUUCCGGUAGGGCUGAUUCAGGGGCAAGAAUGCGCUCUCCUUUUCUGUAUCCAUGGGUUGCUUGUAAUGGUCAAGACUGCUGUUCUCUAUCAGUAGAUCCUGGCGGGGCAAUAGCUUCUUUGUAUCUCCAACUAUCUUAAUUUUUAGUCUCCCCCCUUUUGACGCUAAACGAUCGGGCAUGCUCCAUCUACGUUCAAUACACUUC